AUGGAUUUCGUCAAGAACCUCGCCGGUGGAAACAAGGGCAACGACAACGCCCAAGCCGCCGAUCAGACCCAGGGACAGCAGUCUGGUGGUGGUUUCAUGGAUAACCUCACCAACAAGGCCAACAACAUGGCGGGCGGCGGUGCCCAGGGCGAGAAGAACGAGGAUGGUCUCGACAAGGCCGUCGACUACGUUCAAGAGAACGUUCUUGGUCAAGGCAGUCAAUCAAAUGAAAGCGCCGUAGAGCAGCAAAAGGACGAGUUCAUCUCUGAUUCUAUCCGAUCACAGUACAAAGGUUACACGGGCAAAGAGUUCCCCGUUGCAGACAAAUAG